AUGUCUAAAUCGGAAAUUAUGCGUACUACAAAGAAUCAAAAUCAAUCCUUAGAUUUCGAGGCGACAGUUUUGUGGACGGACGAAUUCGUAGAAGAGAAGCUGCCCGAUAACAUUAUCUUCCCGAAAGAACUGAAUCUGUUCUUGCGGAAUCGGAUUCAAGAUUUAACUGCUGAGAAUGGUUGUCUGCGGCGAGUCCUCGAGGAGUCUGAGGAAAAGCUUCGAAAGAGACAAUCUGAACCGACAACAUCCACAACAAUUUUGGGGAAACCGAACGAAAUGGCCGUUGUGAAAAUAAUCGAGCUCAGCAAAAGGUGCAGAGAACAAGCUGCCGAGAUCGAGGUUCUGAAAUCAAAAUGCAAAUCCCUUGAGACUAGCUUGAAUAACAAAGAAACUGAGUUGGAGAACGAAAAGCAGAGAGACCGGAAGCAUUCGAAGAUCGACUCCUCCCAGGAGAGUACUGAGAAUGAUCGACUGAAAGAGGACGAGGAUCGAGUGAAGCAGCUAAACGAAAAAUUGCAACAAACGCAAAUGAAAUUAUACGAGUCGAAGAACGCCUGCAGCAGUUUGAAAUUAGAAAUUAACAAACUGAACAAGUUACUGUGCAGCGAAGUGGGCGAGAACGUGAACUUGAGUAAUCUGUCGAACCAGCCUGGAGGAUGGCGAGGCAGAGCUGAACAGAUUCAAUUAUUGCAACAGAAGGUAGCAGAAUUGCAAUCCAGAUUGUCGGAUUAUGAAGGAACCCAGAAGACAUCGAUCGCAUCCGUGGACCGGAAAUGUAUGGCUGGUCUUCGGAGCAUGGAGAAGGAACGCCGCCAGUACAUUGAGAAUUGUGUGAAACAGCUUCGACAGUCGGAGAUUGCGAUCGAGAGUCAGAAAAGGAAGCUGGAGGCUUCGAAGGCGAGAAUAAAGGUGCUGGAACAUGAAUUGAAUGCGGCGAAAGGGUGCAUCGCAGUACUAAACGAGAAGAGAUCCCACGAUGACCAAAUGAUCGAGACCCUCGGCGAGCGGUUGAAAACUAUGGAAACAAGGCUACAGGAUAGGGAAAUGGACAUGAAGAUGAGGGAGGAGAAGAUCGAGCGCGAGUCCAUGAACUUAAGGAACGAUUUACAAUCCGCGCAGCUUCAAAUCGAGCGUUUGAAGAGAAAAUUGGAGGAACGAGAGAUCGAGAUCGAUAAGCUCAGGGACGGAAUUAUUCCUGAUGGGUCGAUCAAAGCUCGGAGGAGAUGUUCGGAAGAAGUUCAACCGGAGAUACACUCAAACAGUUUGAACCAUAGUCCGCCGCAAACUUUCAGAAGUUCCAGCGAUCCGAACGAGUACGUGACGUUCGCACUUGCAGCCGAAGCUGAAAGAGAAAGACUAUUGGACCUAGUUACCGAAUUAAACAGACGAUUGGAUAAAGAGAGAACCGAGACUGAGCUGCUCUCUAAUUCUUUGCGCGACGAGAGAUACAAGUCGGCGAAACUCGAGGUGAAACUCCGAAGAUUGGAGGCCGAAAAAGUAGGACCGAUGAGAAUCGAUACAGGCUACAGAUCAAGACUCUUAUCUAGAUCGUUGAAGACCAAUGACGAGUUCAUUAACAGCGAGGAAACGCGGCUGAAAAUGGAACUAUUGCAGGAAGAAUGUCUCGCUUUGAAGGCGAGAUUGGACACGGUGCAACAAGACAAAUCGUUGGAUCUUGCGAGAUACAAAGAAAUGCUCGAUCAAGUUAGAAAAAUUUUUCAGGACGCGUGGAGAGGAAGACCACCUACCACUGUUGGCAGUCGUUCCACGAUCACGGUAUAGCGUGAAAUCAAAUCGCUAUGUAACAAUUUAUUAAAAAUAAUCACUCGGAAGUGCGUGUAGACACAAGUGUGGAAUCGUUCCGCAUUUCUUCUCGUGUAAUUUGUGAAAUAAACGGGUUCAUCGAAGAGCAACAACUCGCA